AUGGAAGAACAGAGGUUGUUUUCUGGGCAUACCCAUAUGAAAAUGUCUUGGAUUCAGCAUAAAAUGAAUCAGAAAGAUGGUGUAAUGACAUACCCACCUCCUAUUUCUCCUUAUGGUGUUAAUAGUAAUUUCCAUAAAGAAUCAAGCCCAUCUUCAUCUGGUACAAGGAUUAGUCCAGCUGUUUUGUUCAUUAUAGUUAUUUUAGCUGUUUUGUUCUUCAUAUCUGGGGUUCUACACUUGCUUGUUAGAUUUCUUACCAAAAGCCAGUCAUCCUCUCAAUCUAAUAGAAAUUUGGAAGUUUCUACCGCUGAUGCACUUGAAAGACAACUGCAACAACUCUUCCAUUUACAUGAUUCUGGUUUAGAUCAAGAGUUUAUUGAUGCAUUACCGGUGUUUAUGUAUAAGGAGAUAGUGGGUGGUGCAAAAGAGCCAUUUGAUUGUGCUGUCUGUUUGUGUGAAUUUUCUGAGAAGGACCAACUGAGAUUGCUUCCAGUGUGCAGCCAUGCUUUUCAUAUCAGUUGCAUCGAUACUUGGCUUCUGUCAAACUCAACGUGUCCUCUCUGUAGGGAUACACUUUUCAAUCCCGAGUUCUCAACAGAAAACCCAAUAUUCGAUUACCGGGAUUUUAGGGAAGAAGAUGGAUUUCCGGGUAAUCGGGAGAAUGGAUUUUCAUCUGGUCUAAAGACGGUGCAAAUUCAGGAAGUAGCCGCAGAAAAGGGCGUUUUUCCUGUGAGGCUUGGUAAAUUCAGAAAAUUGAAUAAUGAGCACGUGCAGGAGGAGAUAGGAGAGACUAGUAGUAGUAAAUUGGAUGCUCGAAGGUGUUAUUCAAUGGGUUCUUAUCAAUAUGUGGUUGGUGAUGCUAAUCUAAGGGUGGCUGCCUCGAGCCAUGAUCGAACUGGUCGCAGUUUGAAGCUUGUUGUGGGGACAGAUCGAGCUAGUAAUCUCUCGCCUGAUGGAAGGGAAGAAAAUGGGAAGAAAAUUAGUAUUGGGACGAAAACUGAUAGCUAUUCAGUUUCCAAGAUAUGGCUAUGGUCAAAGAAGGGCAAAUUUGCUAGUUCUUCGGAUGCACAAAUUGACAAUCCCUCUUCUCUGAAUAUGGACUUACCAUGGAUGCAUAGAACAGAAGGCCUCUGA